UUUGGAUGUGUGACACAAGGAGAAAGGAAAAGCAAGUUGUGAAGAAAAGCAAGAAGAUUUUGGCUGUUUAAACCAAAUCUAAGUGAGGUCACUUCUAAUUUUGGCAAGUAUAAAAGAAGUUUGGUAUUGGUUAAUCUUGCUGAACAAUUUCUUUAAGGUUUGUAUGAGGAUAUGAUAAAUUGUCGCUAAAUAGUUUGGAGCUAACAAGAUUAUUAGAUAGGAUUCGAUAGACGAAUUUUUUUUGUUUGUCACUAAUUCUUGUUUUUCUUUUUGUUAAGCUCCAAGAAUUGAUGUCCCUUUCUUGGCCACUCCCUAGCUAGUAGUUGCAAAAAGGAGCUUUUGUAAAGGUUGUAUCAUAGUAGAAAGUUUUCAAGUUUUUGAUGAAAUGGCCUCUUACUCCACAAAAUAUGAUAAAAUGGACAAGGAUCAUGCUAACGUGGAAUGUUUUGUGCACCGACAUAUAUAACAUCCUUUUACUCCACAAAGGAGGACCUAAAAUUUCAUACACUUCUUUAUAUCUUGACUUAAACUUGUUUCAUAUUUGAUAAUUUUUCAGAUCAUUUCUGGUGUUUGAUUCCAAAUUGAAAGACAAAAAGAGUAGUCAUGAAGAACAACUCAGCAAUCAAAUUCCUAAAACAUGUCAUGUCAGUACUAUCCACAAUGGCCAAAUCAAAAUCAACAGCCAUCAAAAGCAAAACUGAGGCAAUAAAAGCUAAGUUAAUGGUCUUAUCAUUGCUAAAAUCCAAGAAGCUCUCUCUAUCUGGCCUAGGAACUAAGGCCAUUUCUCACAAGAUCCAUUCACUAUUAGGCCAUAAAGAAGAACAAGAUCAAGAUCAUGACGAAGAAAACAAUAAGGCCAUUGUACUCUACAACAACGCCCCUGAAGCCGUUGAAGAAUUUUUACACUAUCAGUAUAAUAAUGGAACCAAUGAGGAGAUACUACUACUAAGCAAUGGAGAAGAUCGCGAUUAUGAUGACAAGUAUCCGGAUUUGACACAUUCGUUGUUCGAUGAAGAGGACGAGUACUUAGGUGAUCCAAAUGCAUCAGCUAUAGACAUGGUGAGGAAUUUCAAAGAGGAAGAAGGAGAGAACUUUGUGCUUGAAGACGAGAUCGAUAACGUUGCAGACUUGUUCAUCAAGAAGUUUCACAAAAGGAUGAGAUUACAAAAGCUUGAAUCUUUCAAGAGGUAUCAAGAAAUGCUUCAGAGAAGCACUUAAUUAUAAGGAGAUUAUUGAUUAUUAUUGAUUGCUAAUUGAAGUUUAUCUGUUAUACUUCUGCAAUUUUAUUAUUAUUGUUGCAGUAGUACUAAAAUAGAUCUAGUUUUACUUCAACUAUGGAGUGUUUUCUUUCACUUUUGUUGAGUAAAUUUUUAUGUCCUUUGUUCCCAUUGAAACUUUGUACUAAUAAGUUGGGAUCUUUUAAAGGCAAUAGGCUUGUAUGAAUCAAGAUUUUGUACAAGUACUUUCUAACUAUGUAAAUUUUAUCUCGAUUAUGGGAUCGAUAUUAGUAAUCACGUUGAA